GGGGUCCUAACGUCAUGUCCGCCCCGGUGUUCUGACGUCAUGGCCACUCAGUCGACGGUGGUGGGAAGCAGUUUGUCUGAUCAGCUGUUCUGAACGUAAACCUUAGCAUCCAUGGAUGAGAUCACUUUUCAUUAUGACACGGUGCUGUCAGAUGUUCACAUGCACAAGCCCUGCGUACGUCACCUGAUGACUCGCCUCAACACCACUGGGCAGCCUGUUUUUAUGUCCAGAUUUAGGAUCUUGGCAGAAAGACCCUACAAGGAUGACCCUGGAAAAGGUUUAGGGAAGGAAGAGAAGGAUGGUGAUCCAGUAGAAGACAAACAAGACUUUCGUGAAAAAGAUGAGAGUGAAGGGGGCAAAGGAAAUGAGGAGCCAUGUUUAGAUGAGGAUGGAGACUUGAGCAUCAAACAUAGGCCCCGAAAACCCUCUGUGGAUGGUGACCGAGACCUGGUCUGUCCUGUCAUCCUCAAACAGUUCAAUACUGAGUUCGAACAAGAAGAGGGAAAUGUGGACGAUGAAGAGGGUCUUUGUUCCAAAGACAUUUUAAGGAUAGAGCACACUAUGGCAACACCGUUGGAAGAUGUUGGCAAACAGGUUUGGCGUGGAGCACUCCUUCUGGCUGACUUCAUCCUCUCUAAACCAGACCUGUUCAGAGGGUCCACAGUCCUGGAUAUGGGAGCAGGAACGGGCUUAACCAGCAUUGUCAUGGCAACUACAGCCAAAAAAGUUUACUGCACAGAUGUGGGAGAAGACCUUUUGAACUUGUGCAGGAGGAAUGUUUCAUUAAAUAAACACCUGAUAAAGUCAGCAGAUGGGAUGGUGGAGGUAAGACAACUGGACUGGCUCCAGCACAGCCUCUGCAAAGGGCCCACCGUGAGAAACGCCUAA